CAUAUGUCCGUGCUCGGUCUGGCCUACAGUCUGGUAUGGAUGUGUGGUGCUAUUGACCGGAAGCUGUUGAUUUGUUACAGUAACAGCUCAACUUGAGCGCGGGCCCGUCUCUCUUCUCCUGUGAUGCAAUACGCCAAAUGAUAUUCAUAUUUGUUUUUACAUCAGAGUCAAACACGGCAUUGCAGAGUGCGCCUGGAAGAAGCUGAUGCGGCUGCAGAAGGAUGGUACUGUCAAAGCGAGUGUCAAUGUGGUCGGUGGAAGAAGUGUUGGAGUGGUUGCAGGACCAGCACCCGACCCACAUGGGCGCAUUCCACGAAGCCAUAAUUAGGCACGCCAUAUCAGGCCGCGCGCUGCUGAGAUUAAAGGGUCAUCACCUGGAGCUGCUCGGCGUGGAGGCUGAGGAGCAGCAGCAGGAAAUCUGGCAGGACCUCCUGCUCCUCAGAGUUCAGGAAGAAAUCAAUGAACUCAGUGACAUCUGCUCUGAGUGUUUCUCCUCCUAGCUGGAAAUGAAAUGCGGCUUCCUUUUUCAUUUCCCAUCCAUUGAUUCGUCCACGUGAAGGAGGGAGAAAAGUGGGAGUGAUGGGCAAUAACAAGAGAAGGUGAAAGAGAAAGAAGAAUCAAUGGAGAGAGAAAGAAACCCACUUCCUGUGUGAAAUCUGACCUGUGCAGAUGGAUGAGAUUCGUUUUUGGUCUGAACGUCUUUUUCUGAGCCCUGCUGUCCAUUAGUCUCCUUCUUCUUCCUCUGUAGUGCGUUUACAUCCUGUCAGAGUAUCAUGAAAUAUCUUUCGCUACGUUGGUUAAGCCACUUUGGUAAAGACUGAAGUUUCCCAACAGCGAUAUGAAUUUAAAUGAAACUUUGAACAGACAAUUAUGAUCCCCAAACGCACUUUGGUGAUCUGCUUACUUUUCCUCUAGCGCCACCAUGAGGUUGACAUUAGUGGGUUUGACUGAAACGUCUCAACACUAUUGAAUGGGUUGCCAUGAAAUUUGAUACAGAUGUUCACGUCCCCCCAUGAUGUUCAUGUUGUAAUCUGUUGACCAUCAUCAAGUCAAUAAUGUAAUUUGUCCGAUACUUUUCACGACCAAAUACCCGCGAAACUAGGGACCGCCUCAGCUGCACUUCAGUGCUGUUAAGUGCCAAUAGGCCCUUUUCACAUCAGCUGCUGUUUUGACAUGUAAUUACAUAGAGUUAUGUAAAUGGUUGACACCCAGAAAUAAAAAAAAAAACAUGUGCACGUGAUAAUUUGCCAAAUAAAAUCCUAACAAGGUCUGAAAAUAAUCAAUAAUAAACACACACACACACACACACACACACACACACACACACACACACACACACACACGCACGCUGCCUGAAAGUCAUUGUAAAAAUCUCUGUUUAAUCGCUCUUUGAAAUGCCUGUAUUUGUAUUUUUGACUGAUAAACAACAAACAAUGCACUGUUUUUGUGACAGUACAUCUUCUAAUUUCGUUGAAUUUGUAUGCAGUUUUGUUUCUGAUACAUAUACUUGUUAAUGUGAUCAAUCCUGUUUUUACUUGCUGCAGCUAACAACUAGAACUUGUGAAAAUCCUAAAUACAAGUGGGCCUGCAACUUUCAUUUUAUAUAAUGCCCUAUUUCCUUUUAUUAAUGAUGUUGGCCCCAUUUUAAUUUGUGUAUAUAGGCAUCAACUCCGGCCCACAUUUGCAUCACAUACAGUAAAAGGUUGUGUCUAUUUAUAUACAUGUUUUCAUGGCAAUGCUACAGCAUGGGCGGUUGAAUUAAAAGACAAAGUCUGCCAA